CAGGUCCUCAAGCCCGGGACGGGGGCGCCUGCUCGGGUCUGUGCAGUUCGGGCCCCAUCUCCAGGACAGCGAGGCGUUCUGGGUGGGGUCCUCAGCGCUGACGGGAGGUGAGGUGAGGAGGGAGGGCGUUGCGUACGGUGGGAGCCGCACGCGCAGAGCCUGGGAGGUGCGCCGGGGCCGCGAGCGUUCGGAAACCUGUGGAUCGACCGGUGUUUGCAAGGAGGGAGAGAAUGAAGAGCCAGGCUUUAAUUCUGAGUCUUUGGGAGCCAUGGAGGGUUGUGAAUAAAGGAGAACACGAUCUGAGGGAGGGUCGUGUUCUUUAAAAAAAUAUUUCAAAGGCCGUGAGUGGAGAUAACAGACUGUUAGGGAGUGAUGAUGGUGGACGCAGGGAUACUGGCGAGGAGGCGGCUGUAGUAGAAUCCAGGAGGAUUGUGUUGGAUUCUGGAGGGACCUAAGUAAUAAGAUUCUUGGUAGAUUUUAAAGGUAAAGCCCGUAGGCUUUUCUGCUGCAUCAUUUGUGCCUGUGAGCAAAAGUGGGAGUGAAGUAUGAUCCCAAGUUUUUCUCUUACUUGAACAUCUGGAAGAGUUGACAGAAAUCUAGUGGGGGAGCAGGUUUCAGGGACAUGCUAUGAGUUAAAUUUUGGACGUGGUGUUUCUUUCUUUUCUUUUUAAAAUAUAUUUUACGUUUCCAGCCGUCCACUGAUGGUAUGCACGUGGUGUUUCUAAAUUGUCACAGAGUGAGGUUGUUACAUGGGCAGCUGGAAUUGUAAGUAGAAAAUUAAGGGGAGAAGACUGGCUCGUUGAUUUUGUACUUGGUGACAGGCUGGGGCUUAGACUCAGGCCAAGCCUUAAAUUUAGACGGGUAAUCUUAAGAUUUUACUUUGAGAUGAAGAGAGGGAGGGCUGGGGCUGGAAGCUGGGGAAGAGUGGGUCGGCCUUGCGAGGCUGCUUGCAGAUAGAAGGGCCCUGGGGUUCCAGGGGCACUUCCAGAGGAAAUAUUUAAGGAAUACACACUGCAUAGGAUGGAUUUGAGGGUGGGACACUCUGCAAAGUCACCGUUCAGGAGGUUUGGUGAACCUAUUCACUCUAUGUAGAGCCAGAAGAAGGUCAGCCAGACUAGCGGAGCAGCUCAAGCCCAGCAAGAGCAGCUCUCCCCGGAAAACACAGAUUUAAGCUUUAUAGAUUUAACAAAUUUAUGCAAGUCGAUUAAAAUGCCACUAUACCUCUGUGCUCUAAUAAAAAAUAAAUGUUUGCUUUUUGUCAUGUUUUCCUGGCACAGAACUCCUAAAAUCCUUGUAAUUUCCUCAGUGAAAAGUGUCUUGUGAUAAGUCAUGUAGCACAUAACAAUAAUGUUGACCACAUCAAUGGCGGUGAUCCCCUGAGAUUAUGAUACCAUAUUUUUACUGUACCUUUUUAUUUCUUUCUGAUCAAGAGGUAAACUGCGUUUUCUAAGUUUAUAUAUGUUUAAAUACCCAAAUAAUUAUCACUGUGUUACAGUUGCUGACAGUAUUUAGUAUAAUAGCUUGCGGUACAUGUUUGUAGCCUAGGAGCUAUAGGCUAUAAUACAUUUAGUAGUUGAACGAGUUUCUCCUUAUCCUUGGAGGAUACUUUUCAAGACCCCCAGUGGAGGCCUGAAACUGCAGAUAGUACCCAACCUAUAUAUACUAUGUUUCUUCCUAGGCUACAUACCUAUAAUAAAGUCCAAUUUAUAAAUUAGGCAUUAUAAGAGAUUAAUAAUAACUGGAAAUAUAGAACAAUUACACUUUAAUUAUAAGUUAAUAAAAGUUAUGUUACUGCAGUUGAGACAAUAAAAAAACAAAAAAGAUUAUUUAAAAAGUUAUGUGAAUGUGUUAUCUCUAAAUAUCUUAUUAUACUAUUUACCCUUCUUCAUCUCAAGAAGAAAGGACUAAACUCCAUAGCGUAAUACUUCCUCAUACCACUUAGAAUGGUGCACUAUUUAAAACAUGAAUUGUUUAUUUCUGGAAAUUUAAUAUUUUAAUAUUUAAUGUUAAAAUUUUAACAUUACUAUUUUCAGACUGAAGUUGUAAUUUAAUACUUAUAAUUUUCACCUGAAAUUGAAUGCAGGUAACUGAAACUGCAAGUAGCAAAACAGCUGAUAAGGGAAGGCUACUAUACUUGAGUUUUAUGAGAUGACUUAGGGUGAGCAGACAGGGUGGAGUCUCUAGAUAGCCUCAGAGUGGAGUUGGUCACCAGACAAAUCAAGUGAUUAUAGGAUUUGAACUUUAAGCCCCAGCUCUGGCCUCCAGGGAGGGAAGCAGAGGUUUGGAGAUUAGAUUAUAUAAAAUCUUGAACAAUGAGUUCAGGAAGCUUCAAGGUUGUGAACACUUGGAAAUGCUGGGAGAGUGACAUAAGAGAGCAUGGAAGUAUUCUGCCUUACCCCCUCUCCCAGUACCUUGCCAUAUGCAUCUCUUCCAUUUGGCUGUUCCAGAGUUACAUCCAUUAUCAUAAACUGAUAAACAUAAGUAUUUUCCUGAGUUCUGUAAGUGGUUCUAGCAAAUUAUUGAAAAAGGUCAUGGCAGCCCCCAAAUUUGUAGCCAAGUGGAGAAAAUUACGGUGGUUUGGACAUUGGCUUGCAGUUGGCAUAUGAAAUGUGGACAGUUGUGUGUGACUGAGCCUUUAAACCUUUUGGUUUAGAUGCAACUCCAGGUAUUAUUAGGAUAGGAUUGAAUUGUAGGACACCUAGUUGGUAUCAGAAUCAGAGAAUGAUGUUGGAAAAGACACUGCAUAUUUAUUGUCAAAGAAUCACAGAAGCCUCUGAUAAUUUGAUAACAUAUCCCAUUCACAUAAAGACUGUGGUCUUUCUUGUUGAAUAUUCUGUGUGAGCUUGGGAACAGUGUGUAUUCUGUUCUUUUUGGAAAAAAUAAAGAUGUUGAUUAUGUCCAGUUGAUUGAUGAUGUUGAAUUCAGCUAUGUUUAUUCGUUUGGACAUUGCUGAAUAUUCUGUGUGAUCUUGGUAACAGUGUAUAUUCUGUUCUUGUUGGAAAAAAUAAUCUAAAGAUGUUGAUUUUGUGCACUUGAUUGAUGGUGUUGUUGAAUUCAGCUAUGUUUAUUGGUCUGAACAUGGAUGGUGUUGUUGAAUUCAGCUAUAUUUAUUGGUCUGGAUGUUGGCUUGCAAUGAGCAUAUGAAGUGAGAACAGUUGUGUAUGACUGAGCCUUUAAAACCUGUUGGUUUAGAAGCAACUCCAGGUAGUUAGUAUUAGAAUAGGAUUGAAUUGUAGGACACCUAGUUGGUAUCAGAAUCAGAGAAUAAUGUUGGAAAACACACUACAUAUUUAUUGUCAAAGAAUCACAGAAGCCUCUAAUAAUUUGAUAACAUAUCACAUUCAUAUAAAGACUUAAAUGGCAAGAAACACCAAAAUUUUCAAAACUGUUUACAGAAGUCUUAAUGCUGUGGUCAGUACUAGCCCGGUAUUAGCAUUGGACAAGUACAAAUGAGUUUGAUGCCUACAAUAGCACUGCAAGGUAGCCACCAUUAAGUGUUCCCAUUUUACAGAUGGAGGCAACUUCAGACAGGUCAGAUCUUUGUCCAGUGUCACACAGCUGGCAAAAGCAACCUACCCUUUGUAAAUGCCACCUUGAACACCUUUAUUGCAUAGCCUCCCUCUUCCUGCAGAUUCCUGUGGCAGCAGAAGAGUUUGUGAAACCAUCACAGGGCCAUGUGACCUUUGAGGAUAUUGCUGUGUACUUCUCCCAGGAGGAGUGGGGCCUCCUUGAUGAAGCUCAGAGGUGCCUGUAUCAUGACGUGAUGCUGGAGAACUUUUCGCUUAUGACCUCAGUGGGUUGUUUGCAUGGAAUAGGGGCUGAGGAGGCCCCUUCUGAGCAGACUGUUUCUCUAGAAGUGUCACAGGCCAGGACUCCAAAGCCAAGUUCUUCCAUCCCAAAUGCUCAUUCCUGUGAGAUGUGUAUCCUGGUCAUGAAAGACAUUUUGUACCUCACUGACCACCAGGGAACACUUCCCUGGCAGAAACCUUACACUUCUGCAGCCAGUGGGAAAUGGUUUUCAUUUGGUUCUAACCUGCAACAGCACCAAAACCAGCACAGUGGAGAGAAACACAUCAGAAAGGAGGAGAGCAGUGCCUUGCUUCUGAAUAGUUGCAGAAUUCCUCUGCCAGACAAUGUUUUCCCGUGCAAAGAUGUUGAGAAGGAUUUCCCAACCAUCCUGGGCCUUCUCCAGCACCAGACCACCCACAGCAGAGAAGAGUAUGCACAUAGAAGCAGGGAGACCUUUCAACAAAGACAUUACAAAUGGAGCAAAUGUGAGCAAGUUUUCAGUGAGAAGGUUCAUGUUACUGAUCAUCAGAGAGUCCACACUGGAGAAAAAGCUUAUAAACACAGGGAAUAUGGGAAAUCCUUGAACUCUAAACACUCAUUUGUUGAACACCAGAGAACCCAUAAUGCAGAAAAGCCUUAUGUAUGCAAUAUAUGUGGGAAAUCAUUCCUCCAUAAACAAACACUCAUUGGGCACCAGCAGAGAAUUCACACUAGAGAAAGGUCUUAUGUAUGCAUCGAAUGUGGGAAAUCCUUGAGCUCCAAAUACUCACUUAUGGAACACCAGAGAACCCAUAAUGGAGAAAAGCCUUAUGUGUGCAGUGUAUGUGGGAAAUCAUUCCGCCACAAACAAACGUUUGUUGGGCACCAGCAGAGGAUCCACACUGGAGAGAGGCCUUAUGUAUGUAUUGAAUGUGGGAAAUCUUUUAUUCAUUCCUAUGACCGCAUUCGACACCAGAGAGUUCACACUGGAGAAAGGGCUUAUCAAUGCAAUGAAUGUGGGAAAUCUUUCAUAUACAAACAGUCACUUCUUGAUCACCAGAGAAUCCACACGGGAGAAAGGCCUUAUGAGUGCAAAGAAUGUGGGAAAGCCUUCAUCCACAAAAAAAGACUUCUUGAGCACCAGAGAAUUCAUACUGGAGAAAAGCCUUAUGUGUGCAUCAUAUGUGGGAAAUCAUUUAUCCGCUCAUCUGACUACAUUCGACACCAGAGAAUUCACACUGGAGAAAGGGCUUAUGAAUGCAGUGAAUGUGGGAAAGCCUUCAUUUCCAAACAAACACUUCUUAAGCACCACAAAAUCCACACUAGAGAAAGGCCUUAUGAAUGUAGUGAAUGUGGAAAAGGCUUCUACCUUGAGGUUAAACUUCUUCAGCACCAAAGAAUCCAUAUUAGGGAACAACUUUAUGAGUGCAAUGAAUGUGGAAAAGUCUUCAGCCAUCAAAAAAGACUUCUUGAGCACCAGAAAGUUCACACUGGAGAAAAGCCCUGUGAGUGCAGUGAAUGUGGGAAAUGCUUUAGACACCACACCAGCCUCAUUCAACACCAGAAAGUUCAUAGUGGAGAGAGGCCUUAUAACUGCACUGCAUGUGAGAAGGCCUUUAUCUAUAAAAACAAACUUGUUGAGCAUCAGCGAAUUCACACUGGAGAAAAGCCAUAUGAGUGUGGUAAAUGUAGGAAAGCCUUCAACAAAAGAUAUUCCCUGGUCAGGCACCAGAAAGUUCAUACAAGAGAAGAGCCCUAGCAGUGUUGGGAUGUGCCAUUAUCUUACUCACCAUAACACACCAGAGAGCCGAUUUUUCAAGGGACCCAACAGAUAGAAAUUGAACCUCGUAUAUCUGCAUAUCAAUACUUGAAAGAUUCACUACAAGGUCCAAGUACUUGGGAAGCUUUCUGGAGAUUACUUGUACUUUCUAAUCUGCCCAGUGUUACAACAGACAUUAUUACCAUGUGGCAUAUCCUCAUAGUUUUCAUCAGUCACCCACAUGUGCCCAGGGAAUGCAGACAUUUUUGCUCAUCCAGUUCUGAAGGGAAUAAUGAAUAAUAAAAGCUUAUUGAGGGUCCCCUUCCAUCUUGCUGAACUGAUCAAGGCAUAGAUGAAACCCAGCUUUGACCAAGAAGAGUGAUCUGGAUUCUUGUAGCCCAUGGAGGUUUACCUUCUUCAUAGGUAUUUUUUUUUUUUUUAAUGUGAUGGCCAUGGUAGGUAGGAUAUUCCCUCCUAUACAUUACUGAAGAGGGAAAUGGACUGUCUCACCCUGCGCUGAUGCCAGUGUUCUGGCAGUGUGAAGGGUGAACAGCUCCAAUUUUCUGUGCCCGCAAGGACAUAGUAUGAGAUCAGAAAAUAGUUCUUAGUCCUGUUUGUCUUAAUUUUUAUUGGUUUCAAAGGUCUCCUAGGGAAGACAUCAGAGCUUCAUGGUCCUAAUCAUGGUGUUGAUGCCAAUUUUAUUUUUAGGUCCAGAGAAGAGGCAUUUGUGACAAACUCAAGUGCUGGGAUCUGCAUGAAUUGUUUAUUUGCAGUGAUGCUCCAUAUUUCCUAGCAUUGGUCAUGACAUCUUAUUUCCCAGGUCCUUCAUUGUAGCCAUGAGCACUGAGGGACAGAAUUGAUAGGCAGGUCACUGGUUCUAAGACCUACUGGGGCCAGGUGAGAACAAUAAUUGGUCCAGACAGGUAGGUGUGAUAAAUAGAGUGGAAAAGAUUGUAGCCAAGAAGAGUAAAUGUGUUCCAUCCAGAAGUGCAUCCAGAAAUACCUAUGUUAAUAUGGCUUCAUGGUUUAGUGGUAUAUAGAGAUUCUCAGGACCUCAGAUCUUUGUUUCUCCUUUGGUCACAGUCAUCAUCAGAAUAAGUCAUCUGAAGAUUUUGUGGACUCCCAUACCUUCUGUACUGUUUUUGAGAUGAUUGCUGCACAAGCAGGAAAGCAGGAUUUGAAUGAACAUAGACCUUGCCUUCCAGAUAUGUGGUUUUUGUGAUUCAACCAGAUCUGUUGUGCCAGUUAGGAAUUAUUUUGAUUACUUCCCAUUUGUUGCCGCUGCUGAGAAGGCUGUCCUUCCUAACUUGAGGAGAUGAAUCCUUAAUAAGUAAAUCUUGUGUUACCCUAUAGUCUGGUUUUCCAAAAGGAGAAGUGGAUGUAUAUUUUUGUGUGGAACAAUUUAUCUUACAACAUUGAAGUGCAGUUUUCAUACACAAAACCUAUCUUUUUAAGAAUUCUGUUUGU